CCGCGGAAUCGCACACGCGCAAAAACAAUAACAAAACCACACGUCCGUUUUCCAGGUGCCGGCUAGCGCGAUGGACGAAAUCGCACAGAUUGGGUUUCAAAUCAUUGCCUUGGCCAAGGACAAACCGGAAGGCAUCAACAACGAUGAUCUGGCGGAAUCGCUCCAGUCCGUACCGCCGGAGCAGCGCGUGCAAGCGCUGAACAAGCUGCUGCAGGAGGCGGUGCUGGAGAUACUGAAGAAGGGCAACACGCUGAUCUACCGGCUGAAGGAUCCGGGCAAAAAGUCGUCCGCCCCGAAGGACAUCGACAAUGAGGAGCGCGUCAUCUACAACAUCGUGGAGGAGGGCGGCAACAAGGGCAUCUGGAUACGGGACAUUCGCGUGAAGUCGAAUCUGGUCAUGACGCAGCUGAACAAGGUGCUGAAGCAGCUGGAAAACAAGAAGCUUAUCAAGGCGGUCAAAUCGGUGAAUGCAAGCAAAAAGAAAGUCUACAUGCUGUACAACCUCGAGCCGGAUCGGUCCAUAACCGGGGGCGCCUGGUACCAGGACCAGGACUUCGAGGCCGAGUUUGUCGACGUGCUGAAUCAGCAGUGCUUGCGGUUUCUGCGGCAAAAGCGCGAGGUGGCGAAGGGCAGCGGCGAGGGACCGCUGGCCGUGCAGAAGCUGUCCGAAUGUUCGGUGGCCGACGUGCACCGUUUCAUCUCCGAUCUGGGCAUUAGCAAGAUCAGCCUCGACGAGGACGAUCUGGAAACGAUACUCAAAACGGUGGUGUACGACGGCAAGGCCGAACGGGUGGCCCAGAUCAGUGGGGGUUUCCUGUACCGGGCGAUCGAGACGCCGAUCGCGGCGCCCGGGUUGGUGCAGAUGCCGUGCGGCAUCUGUCCGGUGGUUAAGAACUGUGCCGACUGUGGUGAAAUCACGCCCAAGCUAUGCACUUACAUUAGCGAGUGGUUAGAUUGAGCGCACGGGUGAUAGUGGAGCAAGAGUGAGGGGCACACCACCCUAAAAAGUGGCCCCAUUUACGUAUAGGUUUCGUUAAGAUAUGAUUCAACAGCAAAAUAGACAAACUAAACAUGUGAGAAGAAGCAAACAAAUCAACAGAAUGACUUCUUGCCAGCCAGCAGCAAGCCUUAGUUUUGCCAA